UUAUUCAUUUAUGUAGAUGGAAAUUCCCACAUUCAGAAGGGCCCCUAAUGGGACCCUUCUGUUGAAGGCUUCGGCCGAAGCCCAAGCCCUUGCCCACCGGCCCCCUGGCAGCCAGGCCCCCUACAGGGCCAAGCAGCCACAGGAGGUGGAUGCGGAGGCCUGGGCCCACGUCAACUCCGAGGGUGGCGACACCACCAAUGCCACCCUCAUCCUGAGCCGGUGGAAGGUCCAGUUUGGUAAAUACCAGGGGAAGACCUUCCACUGGCUGCUGGAGAAUGACGUGGGCUACAGUGUUAAUCUUGUGGCCUCCCACAAGAAGGAGCGAGAGAGGACAGGGUCUCAGUCCCCGCUGAUGGCCAACAAGGAUGCCUUCACCCGCUACUCCUCGGCGUCCCCUGACUUUGUGGAGGCAGUCAGGUUUCACCAGGCGUUCGAGGAGGCGCGGGUGAAGUCCCUCCAGCCCGGGCAGGAGGGACAGGCACUUGUUGGCUUCGGGGACUUCAAAUUUGAGACCCUGCAGAGCCUGUAUGAGUCUGGGGACUCCAAAAAGAUCCGCUUUGUCAACUACCUCCGGAGGAAGGCGCCAGCUCCCGGCACGCAGAUGGAGAACGCCGUCCACUAUGUCCGGAAGAGAGACAGAGAGCAAAGAGCCAGCGCUGCUGCUGCAUCCACCACAACUGCUGCUGCAUCCUCCACCACCACCACCACCACCAGCAGCAGCAGCAGCAGCAGCAGCAGCGCGGCGGCAGCCAAGCCUCUGUCUCGGCCGCAAGCCAGAGAGCCAAGAGUGUCUCACAACCUCUUGGAUCUGCGCUUGCGGCCUUUGUCUCCGGGCGGCGUUCUCUGUCUGCGGUGGAAAUGCAGGCCAAACUGAAAAAGUUGGUCCCCAAGCCUGCAUU